AUGACUCUAAAAGUAAAAAUUAUACUGAGUAUGAUAGCACUUCCCUUAGCUUUAUUUGCUGCAUCCAUAUUUUGGAUAGUUUCAAUAUAUUAGACUUUGAUACCAUAAACUUAAUUAUCAGUAUAAUAACUAUCAGUUAAAUUACUAAAUGAAACCUUAUAAGUAUGAAUUUCUAAAUUAUUAUAGUUUGAAUCAAGAGCUCUAUUUUAUGUGACUAAAAUAAAUCAAUCGAUGCAAUUCAAUAUGCCUUUUAUCAUAAGAAAUGUAAUAUUUGAUCAAUUCACAAAUAACACUUUAAAAAUGCUUGAAUAAUCAUAAAUCAAGAGUUUAGAAUAGUUCCUAAAUCCUCUAUAAAAAUUUCAUAGAUUAAAAUGUUUUUCAAUUUUGUGUAAAAAUUAAAAAUAUUUAUCAAUUGGAGAAAGUAUUCAAGAAUUUACAAAGGAAUUUAUAGAUUGGAAUAGUUUUUAUGAAGCAAACUUAAAUAUCAAAGAUAAUUAGAUUAGGAUAACGAUUGGAAAUGAGAAGUAUAAGUUGUAAAAAUAUGUUAGUUGUAAUAUUCAAGUACAUUAUGGUUUAAAAGAAUUCGUCAUAAGUAUGUUAACAAAUGCAGUUUUUGUAACUAAUUAGGUAUAAUCAAGAACUAUAUUACUUGAUGCUCAUCCAUAUGAUAUUAUAUGGGAAGAAAAUAAUUAAACAAACUUAGUAUAAAUAUUAGAUGUUAGUGAUUCUGAAACUCUAUAAAUUUUAGAUUUUAAUCGACAAGAAGAUGAAUAUGGAUGUUUAAUAUAAGAACCUUAAACGAUUAGUUACAAAUCAAACACAGAAGAUCGUCUUAUAAAAUAUAUUCAAUUUUCUAUAAGUGAUGUUCAUUACAAAUGCAAUAAAUAAUAUAGUGUGAAAUUAACUUAUGUGAUGAUAAUUUCUUUAAAUUAAUUUCAUUAACAUUUAGGUACUUAGGAUCUAAAUUAUGAUCGACUUACUUAUGCUACUAAUAGUUAUGUUUGCCUUAUAAUAUUAUUGAUAUUAUAUUUUUAUAGAGUAGCUGUAAAAGUUGGAUUAUCUUUUGAAGUUCCAAUUAAGAAAAUUAUAGAAAUAAUUAAUGAGCCUUAUAAAUUUCAUUAUGAAAAUUCAAAAUAAAGAAUAGAUAUAAGAUAGCAACUUCAUAAUAAAGAACUUUUAGAACUAUAUGAUUCUUUAUUAUUAUGUGUAAUUAUGCAUCAAUUUCAUUAAAAAUAAUAGCUUUUAAAUAAUAAUGACAAAGGAGCAGAAUAUUUAUAGAAUUUAUGCUAAAUUAAAUCAUUUUACAAAUUCUGUCAAAAUAAAUGGAUGGUAAGUGUUUGUGGUAAUAAUAUGGCUAUGAUUCAUUAUAAAAAUAAAAGAUAUUCUGAAGCUUUAAAUCAAUUAGCAGAAUCUAUUAUGAUUGGAAACAAAGAAUUAACAAGUUUAAAAUAAAUUGAGAAAUUAAGAAAAAAAAUGGAAAGAAAUCAUUUUGGAAAGUCUAUCUUAAAUAGAUUAUAAUCUUAUAUAAUUAAUAAAUUUGCAGGAAAGUCAUCCAAUAUAAUAGAUUAAGCAAGAUUCAAAUCUUAGGAUGAAUAAAAUAGAGCAUGUCUAUCUAUGUCUAUUCAUAAAAGCAUGGCACUUAAAAAUUCAAUAGAAGAUAAAUAACAAUGUUAUUAAUCUAUCGGUUAAUAAAAAAGUUAAGAAUAUAGAUAAAAUUAUAAAAAAGACAAAGAUUAAUUAACAUUAUGUUUAUUCUUUCGUAAAUAUGCUUAUAUUAUUAUUCUAUUUAAAUUUUGUAUCAAUUCAGAUUCAAAGUUAUUUAAUGAAACUAUACAAAAUAUCAAAUAAUUAGAAGAAGAAAUUAAUUAAAAACAAAAAUGGAAAAAAAGUAAAUAUUUAACUCUGAUGAGAAUUAAAGCAUCAAUUAAAUUAUUUUAUUGUUACAUAUAACUAAAAAUGUAUGACUUUGCUAAAUAAACUAAUUAAUUUUUAUUAGGAUAAUAUGACUACUAUCUUGCUUUAGAAGAUGACAGAAUCAGUUACAAUAUAGGAUAUAAUAUAUUUGAAAAUAUUCCUAUUAGUUAUUUAUAAGUUCAAUUAACAUUAUAGAAAAUAGUCUUAAUGAAGUUCAAUAAUGAAAAUUAUUAAGCUGCAAAAGAAUCUGCUAAUCUAUUUAAAAAAUUAGAUGAUCAAAAUUAAAAAGUAUCUUUAUCACUUCUUAAGAUCUUAGAAGAAAUCUUUAUAAAAUAAUAACUAGAUAAAGAAUUGAUUACUAUUUAAAGAGAAGCCAUAAAUCAGGAAUAAUAAAAUGUUAUUAUUUUGAUUGAUUAUUCUAAAACUAUGGCAUUCGAUUAAAUUUAAAUUUCAUAGACUUAUUGUAAAUAUAUUCUUUAAAGAGUUUAUAAAUCAACUUCAGUUGGCUUAUAUUUAUUUAAUGAAACUCUAUUUGAAGCUUUUAAACUAUAAAAUUAAAUGUACACUUAAGAUCUUUAUUUUUAAAUUUUAGAUAAACUUUUAUUACCUCCUGGAGGAAGCAAUUAGUUACAUGAAGUUAUAAAAUAAAGUGUAAAACUUUUUCGUAAGUCUGAUGAAACUAAAUUUGAAAAUUAUUUGUGUUUAUUCACAGAAUUUUAAUCUUAAGGUAUUGAUUAAAAUUUUUACGAUAUUAGAAAUCUAUUGCAUUUUAAUAGAAUUAAAUUAGUGGUUUUUUAAAUUUAAAAUUCAAAUAGAAAUAUAUAAAUAGCUCAAUAAAUAAGUGAAUAUUGUAAUGGCAUUUUAAUACAAAAUGAAAAAUAAAUAACUAGUUGGCUGGAUACUUUAGGUCAUAGAAAGGUUUAACAUAGUCAUUACUUUGAAUUUUGGUGA